AUGAAGCUCUCUCUGGAAUUGACUCUCGGUCUACUGGCCGUAUCAUGCGUCGAUGCAUUCGUCGUUCCCCCUCGCACGCUAUGGGCAACUAAAGCAAACCUUGCCUCUCGCUCGUAUCGCGCACACCCUGUCAGACGUGACGCAGACUUCCAGAGCUUGGACUCGUUGACCCAUGGAGGAAGUCGCCGCCGCGAGGCUCAAAAGCAAGGUGGCGGAGGAGGUGGUCUCACGAUCGGAGGCCUCACUCUAGGCGGCUCAGGCGGUGGUAUUACUGGCAACGGUCUCAAGCUCGGCGGAAAUCAGCAGGGCAAUGGUACUGCGGCAGCCGCAGAGGAGCCCAAGUCUUCAGCAGCAGAGGGCGAGAAGUCCGCCACCGCCGGUGAAAAGCCUGCUGUCGCCGCCGAGCAAGAGUCAGAAGAAGGUGCGGCUGGUGCUAGCGCUGGUACGGAGAACCAGCCCGGACGCGCCGAAGGAGAAGCAGCAAGGAAAGAAGCUGAACAGGAAGCUCAAGAGGCCGAGGGUGAGAAGUCAAACGGCGUCAAGGCUACUGAAGAGUCUGAGAAGUUCUCUGAGGAAUCUGGUAUCACCCUCGGCGAGGACGGUGCCGCGGCGAACCUCGGUGGAAACCUGGGCAUCACGCAGGGCUCCGACGGCAGCAAGUCAAUCGGCGGGUCAAACGGUAUCAACAUCGCCGCCAAUGGAGAAGCGGCUCUAGCAGGUAGGUACGACCCAAGCUCACACCCCAUCGCCACAACGCACACACGAGGUGACCAUAUUAAAAAAACCAUGGCUUCCGCGGCUUUCGAGAACGAUGAUUCCGGCGGUCAUCCAGCACGGCAGCAGCAGCCCACAACCCUCUCCAACAGCUCGGUUACCUCAGUAAACAACGGCUCCGACAGCGACGAUGAGAAAGAUCUCUUCAAACUGAGUCUACAGCUGCUUGUUGCAGACCGCAAGAACAGCGAUCUGGAGCGCGAGCUUCAGCGCUCACAACAUGCAGUCGCCAUGGUCAGGGCUUCAAACAGGAAUCUGCAGCAGACGAAUGCGCUCAACGUCGUUGCGGCCUCCGAAGCAGAGGCACUUCGCGCGAAAGUUGAAGCACUCGAGACUUCUGCCGCAGAGAAGGAUCCGGAGUUGGAAGCCACGCGACAUGAUGUGACCGUUGCGGUACAGGAUGCGGAGAACACUCACGCCCGGCUGCGUUCGUCCCAGGACCACAACAGUCGACUCGAGCGCAAAGUACGAUCCCUUGAGAGCGAAUUGUCCGAAGCCAACAUUCGCUCAAACAAGGCCCAAGCGGAGGUCGACGAUCUGCGAACGCAGCUUGCCCAGCACUCAAGUCAGAAUCUACAAUAUGCUCAGAGGGUGCAAAUGAGCACAACCGAUGCAGAGCGCCUGAAGACACAGAUUGACGGUCAGAAGAGAGAGCUAGACGACGUUCAAGCCAAGCUUGCCGCGGCCGAGUCAUCGCGAGAUUGGCACCGUGAUGAGCACACUCAGAUCUUGGCAGUCCGUAACACAAUCAAUGCCGGACGUGCGCCCGAGAUCGACCGCUUGAAGACUGAGGUCACCAAGCUGAGUAAAGAGGUGAAAGGCAAGAAGGACCAAGUACCUAGGUUGAAGCGCGACAUAGCCUACUAUAUCGCUCACCUCGACCUGGCAUAUAGAGAUGCCCGAGUCUACACCUGCGGUCACAAUAACCUUAACAACAUCGUCCAAGACACGAACGAGACCCGUCAGUGGGACGAAGCUUCAGUAGCCGAAGAGUUCUUCCGAGAUUGGGAGGAGGAUGCCGAGUUCGUGGUGGAGUACAACAGCGCUAGACAACACAUCAUCAAUCAUCAUCGUGCGCAUGAGAGCAUGAAGCGCGGUCGGGGAGAUGGGUCUGGGUGGAUUCGGGACGAAUUCCUCCACGUUGAUUCCAAACGUAGGGUCAACGUCACCUACGACUGA